UUGGAUUUCUGAAAGGGCUGCAGGGGAUCCCGAACUAAUCUCUGACAGGGUCUCCUUAGGAUUCACGGGGGGUUACCCCUUUUUCCCUUGCCAUUCCGGUCUCGUUUUUCAGACUUCCUUGAUCCUCCCCAGGGUCCUUUUGAGGCACCUCAGUCCGUAGCUGUGCCCUGAGGUUUAAGGUUGGGUAGGAGAUCGUCAUUCUGGGACCACCCUGGUGUUCUCCGCGUUAGAGGUGUUUGAUUUCUUCAAAGCAUUUGUCCAGUCAGACAUUUAAAAAUGACAUCCAAAGAAGAAAUAAUGAGUGACCAGCGGUUUAGGAGGGUUACAAAGGACCCAAGAUUUUGGGAAAUGCCAGAAAAGGAUCGAAAAGUCAAAAUUGACAAGAGAUUUCGAGCAAUGUUUCAUGACAAAAGGUUCAAGUUGAAUUAUGCUGUGGAUAAAAGAGGACGCCCCAUCAACCACAGCACUACAGAGGACUUGAAGCGUUUUUAUGACCUUUCAGAUUCUGAUUCAGAUCUAUCUUAUGAAGAUGAUAAAGCAUUGAACCAAAAGAAAAGGAAGAAGAAAAAACCCCAGACUAACAACAAAAUAGAAUCAAAAAAUCUAGUUGAAGAGAAAAAGAAAGAAAGCAAAAAAAUUAGUCAAAAGGAUUCUGGAGAUAAAAAUGAUUUGGAUAACUCUGACAGAAUUCAGAAAAUGGAAAAGUCAUGCAAAUCUAAGAAGGUAGAUUCAAAAAUAAGUUCUAAGAAAAACAGAGAAGAAUUUACACAGAAAAGUACAACAGGGAAAAAAAACAUUGUUCAACAUAGUACAGACUCAUGUCCCAAAGGAAAAGUAGACUUGGGCGUCUCUGAAAUUGUGAAAUCUCCCAAGCUCCAGUACUCUAAGACAAGAAGAGAAAUGCUAUCAGUGGUUUCGCUAAUGGCAAGAGACAGUGAUGGUUAUGAAAACUCGACAGGUGGUAAGAGGCUUGACAAAGAUGCUCUGGAGGAAGAAUCAGAAAGUGCUAGUGAAAUAGGUGAUGAAGAAUCUGAAGAUGAAAUUACAGGCAUUGGUAGAAGUUCAACUGAUGAUGAUGAUGAUGAUGAUGAUGAUGUUGAUGGAAAUGAAAAUGAUGAGGAGGAGGAUGAAGAUGAGGAGAGUGAGAAUGAUGAUGAAAGUGACAGUGGUCCUGAUCUUGCAAGGGGUAAAGGAAAUAUAGAAACUAGUUCUGAAGAUGAAGAAGAUAUGGCAGAUUUACUGCCAGAGGACUCUGGUUUUGAGCAUGCUUGGAGAGAAUUAGAUAAAGAUGCUCCUCGGGCUGAUGAGAUUACACGUCGAUUAGCUGUUUGCAACAUGGACUGGGACAGAUUAAAGGCAAAAGAUUUGCUGGCUUUGUUUAAUUCAUUUAAACCUAAAGGAGGUGUUAUAUUUUCUGUAAAGAUAUAUCCUUCAGAAUUUGGAAAGGAGAGGAUGAAGGAAGAGCAAGUUCAAGGACCAGUAGAGUUAUUAAGUAUACCUGAAGAUGCCCCUGAAAAGGACUGGACUUCUAGAGAAAAACUGAGAGAUUAUCAAUUCAAACGACUCAAGUACUAUUAUGCAGUAGUAGACUGUGAUUCCCCUGAAACAGCUGGCAAAAUUUAUGAGGAUUGUGACGGCCUGGAAUUUGAAAGUAGUUGUUCAUUCAUAGAUCUAAGGUUUAUACCAGAUGAUAUUACCUUUGAUGAUGAGCCCAAGGACAUAGCCUCAGAAGUGGAUUUAACAGCAUAUAAACCAAAAUAUUUCACAUCUGCUGCGAUGGGAACCUCAACGAUAGACUCUGCAGCAACUACCCAGUCUUCCCAUUGCCUUUUCUGUGACAGACCACUGUGCUCUUCUGAGGACAGGCUGAUGGUGGAAAUCACUUGGGAUGAGACUGAUCAUGAAAGAAUUACAACACUCAACAGGAAGUUUAAAAAGGAAGAGCUUUUGGACAUGGAUUUUCAAGCUUAUUUAGCUUCCUCUAGUGAAGAUGAAGAGGAGAUAGAAGAGGAGCUACGAGGUGAUGAUAAAGUCAAUAUGGAAGAAGAUGGGAAAACAAAGAAAAGUCAGAAGGAUGAUGAAGAACAAAUUGCUAAAUACAAACAGCUCUUGCAAGUUAUUCAAGAAAAAGAAAAGAAAGGCAAAGAAAAUGAUAUGGAAAUGGAAAUUAAGUGGGUUCCAGGUCUGAAAGAAAGUGCAGAAGAUAUGGUGAGAAACAAACUGGAAGGAAAAGAUAAACUGACCCCUUGGGAACAAUUUUUAGAGAAAAAGAAAGAGAAGAAAAGACUGAAAAAGAAACAAAAGGCUCUUGCUGAAGAGGCCAGUGAAGAUGAACUUCCCUCUGAUGUUGAUCUGAAUGACCCAUACUUUGCCGAAGAAAUUACAAAAAUAGGUAUAAAAGAAAAGAAAAAAUCAGUGAAAUCUACAAAAGAUGGCAUAUCUCCAGUGGAAGAAGCUGAAAUAGAAAGACAAAAGGCUGAAAUGGCUCUGCUCAUGAUGGACGAGGAGGAAGAGAGCAAGAAACACUUCAAUUAUAAUAAGAUUGUAGAGCACCAGAAUCUAAGCAAAAAGAAGAAAAAACUGCUGAUGAAAAAGAAGGAAUUAUUAGAGGAUGACUUUGAGGUAAAUGUUAAGGAUGCACGGUUUCAGGCAAUGUAUACUUCCCACUUGUUCAAUUUGGAUCCUUCAGAUCCUAAUUUCAAGAAAACAAAAGCUAUGGAAAAAAUCCUUGAGGAGAAAGCCCGGCAGAGAGAACAAAAAGAACAAGAACUUACUCAGGCAAUAAAGAAAAAAGAGAGUGAAAUUCAAAAGGAAUCACAAAAGAGGUCCAUUGAUCCUGCCUUGUCAAUGUUGAUUAAAUCUGUAAAAAACAAAACAGAGCAGUUUCAAGCAAGAAAAAAACAAAAAGUCAAAUAGCUGUUUGUUGUUUCUUUUUGGAUUGAGAAUGUGUUCUCCUAAAGUGUACUGAAGUGAUAGAGGGAAUAUUUAUUGGGAACAAAGCUUUCUUUCAAGAAUAUGAAUAAAAUCUUAUUCUGACAGUUGUAAAAUUUCUUCCCCUAUACAACAGUUUGACUUAAUUGUGGAUGAUUGACAUAUUUGUUCUGUAUGUUUCCACAGAUUAAUCAUAAUUAAUUAAACUGAAAUACAAGAUUUAUAAAAUUUUUGUAUUUUAUGAAAUUGAGUCAUACUAGUAGAAAAUUACUCUUGUCCUAAUUUUUUAAAAGAUUAUUUACAAUUCUAUAUAAAAAUAGAGAAGUGCCCAGUUGUUAAGUCUGAAUAAGAGUUAGGAACAAUUUGAAAAUAUGUAGAUUCAAUAUGUUAAUUUCUCUGGAAAAGGAGGCAGAUUUAGGUAUCUAUGUAAAUUUAUUUUUCUGGCCAUAAUGGAUAGAAGCCAAUAACUUCAUUGUUUGUUCAUGUUUAUUAUAGUUUGUUUAUGAAAUUAAUUUGUAAAUAAAAGUAUAAAAUAUUUUUAUUA